CUAACGUCCUGUGUCGCGCAUGAGCUUACAACGCCCGACUUGGAAGCUUUUGCUAACUAUGAGGACAUGCGUCGCUACAUAGCCUCGCGUAGUCAGCGUUCCAUGCGUGUCAUUGAUAACCCCACACAUGACAGCUAUAUUAUGGCUUACAAUGAGCAUCACGAGCUCGCGGGACGUGAGCGUCAAAGACGGGCAGCGACAAAUGCUCAUAAGAUACCUAAAUUGCCGAGUGAACCGCAGUUGGUUAAAUUUGAGAUUAGCGACGCAAUCGAGCCCAGCGCCGAAGUGAAGGAGCUGAUAAGGCAACAUCGCAGCCGCGAAGAGAAAGAGACGAAUGCAACGAGUACGAAUAUGUCUACUAAAAGCGGCAAAGUUAAAUCCACCACAACAACUGAAGCGACGACAAUCGAGGUGAUUACUGGUAGAACCAAGUCCAAAGCCACCACUGUGGUACCGAAAAGACCCACACGUGGCACUCGCGUAAAAAUUACGCGCAGCAAACGUCUCAAACGCGCUGCCACUACCAAAGCAGUGCCCGAUAAACGGCGAUUUGAUUUUCAAGUAAAGCUAAUACCCUUCGAUAUCUCCGAUGCACGUGAGCCCGACGAACAGACAAAAGAGCUAAUACGACACAUGCGCACGCUGGAGUUACAAAAAGUACUUAGUAGUGUUUCCACUAGCACUGUAGCGCCAGCAGCAAUACGCGUCUACCGCAAUGCUCCCGCGACGAUUGCUACCCAACCGCUACGCGCACCAGUGCCCAUCUUCAAUCCGAGCAAAUACUACCGGCCGAAGACGGGUAAAUUUUUCAUGAAGCGCAAGGGUAAACGCGUGAAGCGCUCGACGCCACAGAUGAUACGCUUCGAGUUGGAGGAUGCACGCGAGCCAGACACCACUACAUUGGAGCAGCUGCGAUUUGCAAGGCAAAGUCACGCGCAGACAAAAAACAAACGCGCUAAUGACGGGGAAGAUAAUAUUACAGUUAUUAACAAACGUGAGGCGCGCAUGGAUACCAAGUCGGCGCCGCCGGUAGAGUCGCCUGUUAAGGAAGAGGUUGACGAGGGUGAGACUGACUUGAAUGCUGGCGAAAGCAAGCGGCUGUACGUGUACAAGGAAGUGCCUGUUGUCAAGGCGAAAAAAUCAAUUGGCUCGCUGCCGGUGGAAGUGCAGAAGAUCAUAACAAAUCUGAUGAAGGAUCAUGGCGCCAGUGGGGGUGGUCCUGGUGGCGCUAAGGCCUACGUGAAAUACAUACCAUCGCAUAUGGUUGACUAUCGCCAGCUUAAAUCCCUCUACGGCGCGAAACUCGCCUUGCCGCCAACCUACAGCGUCGGUGGUGCGGGUAAACUCUCGCCCGCCUCAUACAUGAAGUACAUGCCGCCUCAUCAGAAGGGCGAACAGCUGCAAGUGCAGAUUCAUCCGGUACCAGUUGUGGAAAAGAUACGAUAUAUAUAUACGCCAGUAGCGAGUAUACCCGCAGGACAUGGUUAUGGAGGUGGUGGAGGCGGGCAUGCAGCUGAAGAACACGCUGCAGCACAGGCAGCCGCUGCACAUGCCGUGCAGGCGGCCUAUGCCGGCCACAAUGUCCACGCAGUCGCUGAGGCGCAGGCUGCACAGGUCGCACAUGCAGUGAAGGUAGCUCAGCAAGCCGCUGAGGCUUAUGGGGCAAAGGCAGGUGGUGAAGAUGAGUCCGCUGGUCAUGAAGGUGGCGCGAUGGAGCACCCAAUAGUGGUGCAUGAGGGUGGUGGUGCAGCUCAACAGCACGUGGCUCCAUUAGAAGUACACCACACCUACGCCGCCGAAGAAGAGGAGCCUGUGGCAGUAGCUAUAAAAGCAGUGCACUUCAAACCCUCGAAGCCGGAUCCGUUGCUAAAUGAAAACAAACUCUCAGAGGCGGCCGCAGUCGAAGCAGGUGAACACGGCGGCUAUGGCGGGUAUGGCGGCGGUACAUCUGAGCACGAGAGCGAAGGCCACAUCCAGGCUGGUCAGCAACCCGCUGAACAAUACAAAUACGAAGUGGUAGCCGCGCAGCCGCAAAAGGAAGCUGAACCACCACUUAUUAAAAUAGAGUACCAUGGCCCAGCGGAUGCUAUAAAACAGAACUUCAAAGAGUUACCCGAAUUCAAGCAACUCUCUACGUUAGUCGGAAAAUCGACUGAGGAUCAAAUACACGGUCUCACCUACUUGUUGGCCAAGGAAAUGCAGAAUAAAUUGAAGAUGCAGCGCAAGAAGUUGCAGCUCGGGGAAGGCCAUGGCGCACACGGCAACACAGCACCCAUAGUUUUCCCCCACGAAUAUCCACCGCUUGCCAAGGUAAAACAGCAGCAAUUGCAAGCGCAUGGCGGCGGCGGCAUUCAUGGACGUCUAAUCGGCAUGGCCAAGUCAAAAGAGUACAUACCAAUCGUGGAGCAAGCACCUGCAGGUGAACAAAAGGCGGCUGCUGAUAGCACCGGCAGCGGCGAGUCAGAAGGCCAUAGCUCGGUACAUCGCAUUGCUAUACCUGCUGCCAAGCAAUAUGUCGCCAUUAAGGUCGAGCCGAAAGCGCCAUUGCCACACUCGUUUGUCGAAUACGGGCUCUCACCCAACUACCACGGCUUAAAAGGCGCUGGUAAAGGUGCUGAAAGUGGAGAAGGUGGCUAUGGUGGUCAGAAAACGAAAUUAUUAGUUGAACAAGUCAUACAUCAUCCGAAAAUGAAAUAUCAUGGAGGCGGCAGAGCUGUGCAAGCGAAAGCAAUUGCU